GACGAACCAAGUGCUAAAUAUCAACAAGAGGGAUGCCAAAAGUUUAAUAAUGGUGAAAAUAUAUCAUCAAAUUCAGAUGAGUGUCAUAACUUUGAAAAAUAUAAUCAUAUAUCUCCUUCAAAGAAAAGGUCUAAGACAAAAUAAAACUCAACAACAAGAACAAAGGAAUAAUGAAUACUUGCAUGAUGAUGCAAACCGUACAAAUAUGGCAAGAUUAAUAGAAGUUGACAAAAAUACUACCAAGAUAAAAAGCGUCAAAACAAGGAAUCUUUCCAAAAGAAAAUUUGAAACAUACAAUAGACAAUAUCAAGAUUUUAAUGAUAUUACGAAACCAGUUAUAAACUCGAAGUAUACUCCUUCAGACUUAAACAUCCAGCCCAAGGAUAAAGUAUCUGCAAUGUUGUUCUAUCAUCCAAAUGCUUCUAAUUCUUCAAAAAUAUGAGAGGAAGAUAGAUACUCUCAUUUAGAUAAUAUCCAUACUUCGAAAUACUUACAAAAUAAAAUAAAGAUAGAUCAAUCUUGAACCAGUGCUGUGCCUCUCAAGUUUGAUAUUGAGAGUGAAAUAAUAGAAAUCACAACAACUUCAAAUUAUGUUGCUCCUUCUAUAAUAGAUUUAAGAAAAUAAAAUUGCACCUUCGGGGUUAAAAGAUGAGUCAUUAAAACCUAAAAGAUCAGUGAAAUAUCAUCCAAGAUGUGAUACUAACAAUAGAUAUAUUUCAAAACUUAGUCAGAACAAACCAAGCGAAAGAUUAUAAGAAAAAUGCUAACUGAACAAACUAAAACUAUUCCUAACAUACCGUAUAAUGAAGACAACUAUCUGCCACCUUCAGAUGAACCUAACAAUCAGAUAAUAAAACCUAUUAAAGGAAAUACCCAUUUGUUAGAAUCAAGAAAAAUGUAAAUUUAUUAACCACUUCAAAACCCUUGGCUUUGCUCUUACCUAGUCAUAAUGUACCAAUCAUUUUUAGAAGAAAUCCAUGCAGAUUACAGCAGGAUCAAAUUUUCAAGACUCCCAAAGUAUGCGCUAGAGGAAAAGAUAACAAAAACAUUUCUAAUAAACAACAUGAACAAGACAACAAGUUCAUUGAUAAUGAUUUAUUACAAAUUUCCU